AUGCCUUCAUCUACAGCUUCAAGUCCCUCAAACUCCUCAUCAUCACUGCCCAUUUUCGGCAAAUCACUAACCAAAAUAGAUGUUGAGAAGAAGCUGUCAGUCCCCACAAAGGCUUUGACACAUUUGCCGAGUUUUGGAGACGGUCAUCACUUAUAUAUUGAAGCCAAGGACGACAGAGGUUUUUUUUGGAGCUUUCAAUGCUCCAUUCGCAGAAAUGGACACCCAAAGUCUAUUCUUUCUUCAAGGACUUGGCUCCCAUUUGUUCGUUACAGGAAUCUUAGAGUUGGUGACACCAUCAAGUUGUAUAAAGAGUAUGAUCAAUUCAGUGGAGUUGGCUACAAGAUUGAAGUGGAAAUGGAGAACUAG